UUAAACUUUUGCAAACAUCCAUUAUUACUCAUUUCUUGAAUAUAAUCAAAAAACCUUCAAGAGAAAGUUUCUUCACAUGCUCAAAAGGUAUUUUAUGAAGAAUGCUAGUAUAUUUUAGUUUAUUCUGAAAGAUUAUUUCCCUUAAUAUUAACUCAGCAAAUGCUUAGUUAGAGCUUCCAAUAACUAAGAAUUGGAGGUACAAUCGGGAGCAUUUCUGUGACUUAAAAGGAUACUGAUACACAACAGAGUUAUAAUUUGGAAUGAAAUGGCAAAUACUAUUUGCAAUAGUAAAUACGGACGCCUGGUGGCGCUGCAGGCUAGGAAUUUGAAUGAAGGGCUCUGUGGAUCCUCCAGACGCCAAAAAGCUGGGAAUCAGAACUCCGCUUCCUAAAACAAGGAAGCAUUUUAGGUAAGAUCUAGAGGCAGAGGUCUUCAGAGAGGGCAUUGGUCUAGUGCGAGUCAGUCAGAAAGAUCUGAUUUGAGGUUACUUAACGAGGUCAUCUGGGUUGAUUGUACACUGAGGUGAAGAAACUGCACCUUCUUGAACUGGGUCUGAACAAUGGAGACUGCGCCAGCGAAAACGCCACAGAAAAGGCAAGUUGUCUUUCUUGUUAUAUUGUCGUUUUUGUGGGAGGCUGGCUCUGAAGCAAUUAGGUAUUCCAUGCCAGAGGAAACAGAAAGUGGCUCCUUUGUAGCCAACCUGGCAAAAGACCUGGGGCUCAGGGUGGGGGAACUGGCCACUCGGGGAGCACGAAUCCAUUACAAAGGAAACAAACAGCUCUUGCAGUUCGACCUAAAGACCGGGAAUUUGCUUCUACAUGAAAAACUAGACCGGGAGGUGCUGUGCGGGGCCACAGAACCCUGUGUGCUGCAAUUCCAACUAUUACUGGAAAAGCCAGUGCAGUUUUUUCAAGCUGAUCUGCAGCUCACGGAUAUAAAUGAUCAUUCCCCAGAGUUCCUAGAAAGGGAAAUGCUCCUAAAAAUCCCAGAGAGCGUCCAGCCAGGGACUGUAUUUCCUUUGAAAAUAGCUCAGGACUUGGACAUAGGUAACAACACUGUUCAGAACUACACAAUCAGCCCCAGCUCCCAUUUUCAUGUUGUUGCUCAUAGUCGUGGGGAUGGCAGAAAAUACCCAGAGCUGGUGCUAGACAAAGUGCUGGACCGGGAGGAGCAGCCUGAGCUCAGUUUAACCCUCACAGCCCUAGAUGGUGGGACUCCGCCCAGGUCAGGGACCGCUGCCCUCCGCAUUGAAGUCGUGGACAUCAAUGAUAAUGCCCCUGAGUUCUUACAGUCUCUCUAUGAGGCACAGGUGCCCGAGAACAGCACCCUAAACUCCUUAGUUGUUACUGUCUCUGCACGAGAUUUAGAUGCCGGAACAUAUGGGAAUGUAGUUUACACUCUAUUCCAAGGCGAUGAAGUUACUCAACCAUUUGAAAUAGACGAGAUAACAGGGGAAAUUCGUCUGAAAAGGUCAUUGGAUUUCGAGGCAAUUCAAUCUUAUAAUGUAGAAAUUGCAGCCACAGAUGGUGGUGGCCUGUCAGGAAAAUGCUCUGUAGCUAUACAAGUGGUGGAUGUGAAUGACAACGCCCCUGAACUGACCAUGUCGAAAGUCGCCAGCUCUACCCCAGAAAACUCCCCAGAGACUGUGGUUGCUGUUUUCAGUGUUUCUGAUCCAGACUCUGGGGACAACGGAAGGAUGGUUUGUUCCAUCCAGGACGAUAUCCCUUUUCUCUUGAAACCCACAUUCAAGAAUUUCUACACCCUGGUAACAGAGAGCCCACUGGACAGAGAGAUGAGAUCCGAGUACAACGUCACCAUCACCGUCACCGACAUGGGGACCCCCAGGCUGACAACCCAGCACCACAUAACCGUGCUGGUCUCCGACGUCAACGACAACGCCCCCGCCUUCACCCAAACCUCCUACACCCUCUUCGUCCCCGAGAACAACAGCCCCGCCCUGCACAUCGGCAGCGUCAGCGCCACCGACGCCGACGCGGGCGCCAACGCCCAGCUCACCUACUCGCUGCUGCCGCCCCCGGACCCCGGCCUGCCGCUGGCCUCGCUGGUGUCGGUCAACGCCGACAACGGCCACCUGUUCGCCCUGCGGGCGCUGGACUACGAGGCCCUGCAGGCCUUCGAGUUCCGCGUGCGCGCCACCGACCGCGGGGCGCCGGCGCUGAGCGGCCAGGCGCUGGUGCGCGUGCGCGUGCUGGACGCCAACGACAACGCGCCCUUCGUGCUGUACCCGCCGCAGAACGGCUCUGCGCCCUGCACCGAGCUGGUGCCCAGGGCGGCCGAGCCCGGCUACCUGGUGGGCAAGGUGGUGGCGGUGGACGGCGACUCGGGCCAGAACGCCUGGCUGUCCUACCAGCUGCUCAGGGCCACGGAGCCCGGGCUGUUCGGCGUGUGGGCGCACAACGGCGAGGUGCGCACGGCGCGGCCGCUGAGCGAGCGCGACGCGCCCCGCCACCGGCUGCUGGUGCUGGUCAAGGACAACGGCGAGCCGCCGCUGUCGGCCAGCGUCACGCUGCACGUGCUGCUGGUGGACGGCUUCUCGCAGCCCUACCUGCCCGCGCGCGACGCGGCGGCCGACGCGGCCCCGGCCGACCCGCUCACCGUCUACCUGGUGGUCGCGCUGGCGGCGGUGUCGUCGCUCUUCCUGUUCUCGCUGCUGGCGCUCGUGGCGGUGCGGCUGUGCCGGCGGAGCGGGGCCGCCUGGGCGGGGGGCUGCGCGGCGCCCGGGGGCCGCUUUCCGGGCCCCCUGGUGGACGUCAGCGGCGCGGGGACCCUGUCCCAGAGCUACCGGUACGAGGUGUGUCUGACGGGAGGUACUGGGACAGAUGAGUUUAAAUUUCUGAAGCCGAUCAUUCCCAACCUCCCGCCCCAAGACACUAGCAAAGAAACCGAGGAAAAUGCCACCUUCCGGAAUAACUUCGGAUUCAAUUAGGAAUCUCAUCAUGAUGCAGUGUCUUUUGUAACAUCUCUAAUUUCCCCAGAUACAGAGUUUGAGAGCGUCAUGGACAAAAAUCCCACCUUCAAGUAUGGCCUGGAUGUUCCUUUUGGAUUUCAGUAGCAUGGGGACCAGUAUGAGGUGUGUCUUAACGGAGGCUUAGGGGCCAGGGAAUUCAGGUUCCUCGGACCAACUUCUCCAACUUUAUGGGUGAAUGGGCUGGUAGGGGCACCGAGGAUAACACUAACCUUAGAAAUAAUUUUGAGUUCAGUUAGGAAUCUCAUCUUGACAAGACUUGAUAAAUGAUAAUAUUCACUAAUGUAUUACUUCCCAACCCUUUCAUUCACAGAAAGGGCUUACAUGUUCACACAUUCAUCAUUAUCGCCAUAUUUAUAGUUAUUGCAACCUGUUGAAGUAUUUCACAUUCUCAAUCUCUAGGUGCUUUUGUUGUUCGGUCGGGUUUUCCCCCUCACAUUUUGCAUGAUCAUACAAUAGCAGAGCAAUGACGUAUCUCAGGAUUUUAAGAUUUUUGGAAAUCACAAAUGUUUUCAGAUUCCUGAUAUUUGAGCUUGUUCAUUGAUAUCUUGUUAUGAUUAGGAGAAUUGUGUUUUAUGAUUAUCAGCAUGAGUCUAAGUAUUUUAAAUGAUGGCUUUCAGUUUUAAUAAUCAUUUUCACUUAUGCAAAAAAUUUUGUGAUCUCAUAAAUUAUUGGAUCCCUGUAAUGUUGUUUCAAAAAAACUGUUGUGUAUUUUUAAGUGAACUAAUAUUUUAGCUGGAUGUUUUCUAAGUUGAGUAUUUUCUUUCAAAAUUGAUAGCAUUUAAUUAGACCACCUACUAUAACUUUAAAGGAUUCAAUUCCUGUUAAAUAGAAAUAAGUAGAAAAAUAUUGGUAGACUCAUGAUUACUUUGUUUAUAAUAAAUGGUUUUGAGUAUGUAAA